UUGUUGCUGUCAACGGCAUUCUCCGAGUGUUCUUUGAAACAUGAAGUCAUCAAUAUCGCAAACGCGGAUUGAUUGGAUGUAUGACCACCUCUUUCGAAGCUGGACUUCUGGAAUUAAACUUUACCUGCUGGUCACGUAUUAAUUUAAUCUGAGGACGGUCACGGGUAUUCGAUGUGUUGGCCGCCUGGAUUAAAAAAAAACAUGAAUAAAAAUUCCACUAAUAACUAGCUAGUAGUUUCGUUGUCGAUACAGUUUUCCUUUCCCCUUUCUUGAGUGGAGGUGGUGGUAGCAGGCAGCUUCUUUCCCAAAGCAUUUCGAGAGACAUGAUGGAAUUUGAGAAAAUCACCGUGACGGAGGAGGAAUACCCAGACGGAACUCCCUGUGCUGCCAUGUCCCCAGCACUUCCUCUCCAGACAGGCUCACCCACUGUGAAUGAUGAUAUCGCCGCGCCGGGCGUCCCAGGAGAGGUCACCGUCAACGGAAUGGGCGCAGUGCGAACCGGGGAACAGCGCAACGAGGCCUGCCCUCGCCCCGGCGGCCCCGAGCCCAAAACCAAGGCCUCCGGCACUAAACUGUGCGGCUACCUGAGCAAGCUCGGGGGCCGUCUGAAGAACUGGAAGUCACGCUGGUUCACUUAUGAAGAAGGGAAGUGCCAGUUGUUCUAUUACAGGACUGCCCAAGACGUGAACCCCCUGGGCAGAAUUGAGCUCUGCAACGCCACGUUCGGCUACGUCCUCCAGGCGGACAGGGGCACAUUUGAAAUCGAGACCCCAGAGCGGACCUAUAUCCUGAAGGCAGUGAGUCACCAGGCCAUGAUGUACUGGCUGCAGCAGCUGCAGCUGAAGCGAUGGCAGAACAGAGACUGUCCGACGGGCGAGUCUGCGCAGACCUGCGCAGACGUGCAGACCCAGUGUGCAGAAGGGGACUUCCUGCCUCCGGUGAACAGCCCCACAGGUGUGGUGGGACAGGAGGCCGCCCGGCUGCCUGCUCCACAGCGACACCUGAGCAACGUCUCCUUCAAGCACCCCGUGACUGAGAUUCAGAAUUCUGUGCACACCCUGCGUGUGAACCGCUCUCCUCGGGAGGUAACCCGGAGUAAUCCCCACUGCCAGGAGCAGCAGGAGCCCUCUGGCACAGAGACCAACACCAAGAGGAGCCAGGACACUCCCGUUCCCUUCACCCUCGACGUGGCUGUGCUGCUGGCUAACUCCAGGAGGAAGACACAGUCGCUGUCGCCAACCCUACGCAACAAGAAGAAGAGCGGCAGCUUGUCGACCAUGCCCGCAGAGUGGAGGCAGAUUGGCACGGACCCGACCUCCCGUCUCCAACAAGACGUCUUCUCUCUGACCCAGGAGGUCAAGGCUCAGAAGGAGCUGGUGCAGCUGCUGCAGAAGGCCCUGGAGACGGUGCAGCGGGAGAAGCGCGCCAGCGCGCAGUUCCUGUCGGCCGAGGACGAGCGGGAGCGGCAGGAGCUGCUGCGGCACCGCGAGCGGCACGCGGCCGACCUGAGCGCCCAGCUGGAGGAGCUGCUCCGCCAGAAGGGGGCGCUGGAGCGCAGCGUGGCGCGGAAGGACGGCCACAUCGCCGAGCUGCAGGAGCACGUCGUCCUGAUGGUGGAGGAGAGCCGCGCCAAGCAGGAGGUCGUCCUCAAGCUGUCCGAGCGCGUGGGCGCCCGGUCCGAGGCCCGGGCGCUCCAGCACCAGCAGGCGCAGGUCCAGAACCUCAAGGACGACAUUGAGGCCUACAUGAUCCAGAACAAGUUCCUGAACUCGGAGAUCUACCAGCUGACGCAGCUGUGGCGGAACAGCUCGGAGCAGGGCAGGAACCUGAUGGUGAAGUGCGCCUAUCUGGAGGCUAAGAACUGUCAGGUGGAGAGCAGAUAUCUGGGCGUUCUGCGUAAGCUGCAAGGGACAAAGGGCCUGGACCACGCCCAGAAGGAGGAGAUCAAGAAGCUGAUCGAGGAUGCGCUGCAGGGGGACGUGAACGACGCCCUGAAACUCAACCCCGUCAGGGAGUAUGACGAGUACGGCUUCAAAAUAAUCCCGGACUACGAGGUGGAGGACAUGAGGCUGCUGGCCAAGAUCCAGGCCCUGGAGAUCCGCUCCAACAACCUGCUGCAGCAGGAGGCCGUGGACCGGCCCCUGCUGGGCCGCUGGGCGCAGUACAUGAGCGGCCGGUCGUCCGGGGAGCUGGCGGCCUCGCCGGAGCUGAAGGACCUGCUCCGGGCCGGCGUGCCGCGGGAGUACCGCCGCCAGGUGUGGCGCUGGCUGGUGCACGGCCGCACCGCCUCGCUCCGCGAACGCUACCCGAGCCGGUACCAGGAGCUGUGCGGCAAGACCCAGGCCUCCCAGCACCCGGCCUUCCGCCAGAUCCAGCUGGACCUCCACCGCACCCUCACCACUAACCGGUGCUUCUCCUCGCCCUCCAACCCCGCCGUGCAGCAGCUCCAGCGCAUCCUGCUGGCCUUCUCCUGGCAGAACCCCACCAUCGGAUACUGCCAGGGACUCAACAGGCUGGCUGCCAUUGCCCUCCUGGUGCUCCAGAGUGAGGAGGAUGCCUUCUGGUGCCUGGUGGCUGUGGUGGAAAUGAUCAUGCCCCAGGACUACUACAGCAAGGACCUCAUUGCCUCUCAGGUGGACCAGAGGGUCCUGAAGGACUUCAUGGUGGAGAAGAUGCCCAGGCUGAUGGCCCACUUUGAGGAGCACAACAUAGACGUCUCCCUCAUCACCUUCAACUGGUUCCUGGUGGUGUUUGUGGAGUGCCUAGCCAGUGACAUCCUUCUGCGUUUGUGGGAUGCUUUCCUGUAUGAGGGCACGAAGGUAAUAUUCCGCUACACUCUGGCACUCUUCAAGUACAAAGAGGAGGACAUGUUGAAGAUCCACGACAGUGUAGAGAUCUACCAGUACCUGAGGUUCUUCACCAAAACCAUCUCUGACAGCAGGAGGCUGACGAACAUCGCCUUUAACGAGAUGAACCCCUUCCCGCUGAAGCAGCUCCGCAGCCGCCGCGCCCUGCACCUGGAGCGGCUGCAGGCCGAGCUCGCCCAGCUCCGGAGCCUGCAGGAGGCCUUCGUCCCCGACAGCCCCGACCGCAAGGACAAGCAGCCGGAGGACGACGAAGACGCGUAGCCUAGUCCGGAGAGUUCCGCGGGUACUUUGGGGGGUGGGGGGCUGAAGGAAAGAGGCUGAGGUUAGGAAGGAUCCGGAAGCCUGACCACUGCAGGCCAGUGGAGCAAGCCCUGAAUGUUUCUCCUGCCAAAAUGAACCGUGUGCCCAUCACAUUUUUUUUUUAAACGAGAAGCCAUGCAAAGAUUAACGUUUGACCAAGAUUCUGAAGUAAUCCUUUUGUAUAAUUUAUAGCACUUCACACUACAUGCUCAUUGUUGUCGUUUUUGGACUCAAAAGGUGGGUGUCAGUGAAAGAGGGACAGUCAUAGUGACUAGUCACUAGAGGGCAGUGUAGCAAUAAGCUUGCCCAAGAGUGUGACAGAGCAAUCGGGGUCACCCGAGCUCUGGUUUGGCCAAGAGUGCUGUUAUUAUGCAAACCUGUUAAAACACUGGCAUCCAAUCCCAAGCCAAAUCAGCUUCAUCCUAGUGUGCAAACAGCACCUCCUACAGUAGGAACGGAGUUACUGCAAUCACUCGUCAUACUUGUAGAACAGGAAAGGUAAAGAAUAGGUAGGAAGCUAGAGACAAUACACUGGAUGACAUCAUGCAUGCCGUUAAAAUCCCUUUCCAUGGUGUAAUUAUGGAAAGGCAGAAUGUUCCAUCUCGUUUUGAGGCAGAUUAUUUUUUUAUAGCAUUAUUUAAGCAUGGAGCUGUACAUAUUGCAUACUGGGGAUAUGGUUCUCUCCAAAUUUGUAUGUCUAUACAAGUUACAAAAGUUUCUCAUUUAACUGUAUUUUCCAAAUUAAAUAUGCAAACCACUCAGAAAAAAAAUCAGAAGGUAUAUUGCAAGAUAUCUGUACAGACAUGUAUAUUUCGUAUUGUUUUCUAAUGAAGCCAGCAUUUUUCUUCUUAAAUGAAUAUUUGUACACAAA